AUGCGACUACCUUUGAGCUGGGCGUUGAGCACCUUGCUGGUAUUCUGCCAAUUGGUCGUUUCUAUCACCCCUGAAGGCUGGGAAAAUGUUCAGUUUGACAGGAUCGUCGACGUUAGGAGUACCUACACCGUCGAGACUUAUGAAUUGACCGCUAAAAAUACCGGGUCGGAAGCUACCACUCAAUACUACUUGGCUUUGCCAGAACGUGUUUUCCAGAAUCUGUCCAUGUUUACCGCUGCCUUGCACGGUGUAGACGCCUUUUUGAACUGCUACGUGUACGAUGGUGAAACUCAAUUGGAUGAUGGAGUCAGACUCUCCUAUGGGAUCAUUGAACUACCAAGUCCUGUAGCACCAGGGAAGGAAGUACAAAUUGCCGCAAAAGUUUUCUAUAACGAAGCUGGUCUUCCAUAUCCUGAGCAUAUCCCAUUGAAUGGUGAUCAGCAACUAAGGUUCCAGACGCAGAGACAACCACUGUCCCCCUAUUUCACUGAGAAGUCCUCACUACAGGUUAUUUCCAACACGCCGGUCUCUGAAUAUGAUGCCAAGACGGAUACUCUGCAGGAGUUAAAUAAAGAAGGUAAUGCAUUCGUUGUCGACCAAUGGGAAAAUGUCAGUCCCUUCAAAGUCGAUGAGUUAGACAUGGUUUACAAGCAUAACCUACCCUUGAAGGAAGUCAUAAACCUUCAAAGAGAUAUCUGGGUCUCUCAUUGGGCCUCAACGGUCCAAUUUCAAGAAUAUUACGAAAUGACCAACAAAGGUGCAAAAUUGGACAAGGGAUUUUCAAGACUGGAGUAUAUGAAGGCUAGUCAAAACCAAAUGACGCAACUGGGUAUGACCCCCUUUGCCUCCCUUCUGGAAAUGAAUCUGCCCGAUGAAUCCACCGAACAGUUCUUUACUGAUAAAGUGGGUAUGGUUUCUACCUACGAAAAGCUUGGAAGCUCGUUGUUUUUGAGACCUAGAUUCCCAAUAUUCGGUGGCUGGUUUUACAAUUUCACAAUCGGCUGGACCAAUCCACUGGAGAACUUUGUGUCGUCCUAUCCAGAUGACAACGAAGUUUUCCUGCUGAAUGUCCCCCUACUGAACGGUCCAAAGGAUACCGUUUACGACCACGCCUCAAUUUCGAUAUUUUUACCCGAAAAUGCCGAACUUCUGGACACAGGAGUGCCAAUCCCACUCGAGACGGUCUCUGUCGAUACGGAAUUCUCGUACUUCGAUUUUGGAACUGGUCACACCAAGGUGACAUUCCAAUUCAAAAACUUGUUUACUGAUAUGAACAAAGCUGAGAUUUUGGUCAAGUACAGAUUCACCAAGAACUCUUUGUUCAGAAAGCCAAUAACAAUUGCCGGUUACUUCUUCGCUCUACUGAUGAGUUUCUUUGUCCUAAAAAGUAUCAACUUGAAGGUCACAUCUGAGAACUAG